GCUUUGAGGGACAGCCGGAGAGGUAAACAUGGGAUUGGGGCUAUUAUGGGCCUUAGGUUCGGGAAAGAAGCGAGAAACUAGACAUGUGGAUACAAGGUAACAAAAAACAACCGUGUGGAUGAUGUAGAAUAAGUGUGUGGCCCCAUGAGCCACAUCACUUUUUCAGAAGAACAUGGCUAAAGCAAAUAUUGCCCAGGAUAUUAUCCAUAGGCAAAUUCAGGAGAGGAAAGCAAGGAGUUUUCAAAGAAGUCAUCAUGUGACUGACCCCUUUAUCCGUCGGCUAGGACUAGAGGCAGAACUGCAGGGUCACACUGGCUGUGUCAAUUGCUUGGAAUGGAAUGAAAAGGGGGAUUUGUUGGCUUCUGGUUCUGAUGACCAACAUAUGAUGCUAUGGGAUCCAUUCCAUCACAAAAAGCUUUUGUCUAUGCAUACAGGACAUACAGCCAAUAUCUUCUCUGUCAAGUUCCUCCCCCAUUCUAAUGAUCGAAUCCUGAUCACAGGAGCAGCUGAUACUAAGGUCCAUGUCCAUGAUGUAAAUUCUCGUGAGACCCUCCAUGUCUUCUCAGAACACACCAAUCGGGUUAAGCGCAUUGCCACAGCACCCCUAUGGCCCAACACUUUCUGGAGUGCAGGAGAGGAUGGCCUUAUCCGGCAGUAUGAUCUGCGGGAGAGUGACACUCACUCUGACGUCCUGAUCGAUCUUACAGAGUACUGUGGGCAGCUGGUGGAAGCCAAGUGUGUAAGCGUCAGCCCCCAGGACAAUAAUUGCUUGGCUGUUGGGGCUAGUGGACCUUUUGUCAGAUUAUAUGACAUACGCAUGAUUCACAGCCACAGGAAAAAUCUUCAGCAGAGCCAGUCUGGGCUCCACACGUUUUGCUCACGACAGAAACCCAUUCCAGAGGGAGCUGCGCAGUACUACGUGGCAGGCCAUUUACCUAUUAAGCUUCCGGAUUACAACAACCGGUUACGUGUUUUGGUGGCCACAUAUGUAACCUUCAGCCCAGAUGGAACUGAGUUGCUAGUCAACAUGGGAGGAGAGCAGGUGUACCUGUUUGAUCUAACAUUCAAGCAAAGGCCUUGUACUUUUUUACUGCCUAAAUCACACCAUAACUCAGGAGAGGUGCAGAAUGGAAAGACCUCAACCAACGGUAUUCAUCGAUAUAGUAAUGGGUUCCGUAUAAGUGACAACAAGAGCCUGGUGGGGCAAUCUACCGAACUACCUCCACACCUGGAGAAGGUGAAACAAAGAGCCAAUGAUGCUUUUGCUCGGCAGCAGUGGAGUCAAGCAAUUGAGCUUUACAGCCUAGCAGUGCAGAGUGCUCCACGCAGUGCCAUGCUCUAUGGAAAUCGUGCUGCAGCUUACAUGAAACGCAAGUGGGAUGGUGAUCAUUAUGAUGCACUGCGGGAUUGCCUACAGGCCUUAGCACUAAAUCCAGCCCAUCUGAAGGCUCAUUUCCGACUGGCCCGCUGUUUGUUUGAACUCCGCUAUGUGUCAGAGGCAAUGGACUGUCUUGAGGAAUUCAAAGCCAAGUUCCCAGAGCAGGCACAAAGCAGCGCUUGUGAGGCUUUAGACAGAGACAUCCGGGUGGCCCUUUUCUCCAAGACAGACAACCAAGAUGACAAAAAGGGAGGUUCAGUACGCUUGCGUCCUGGUGGAAGAAAAGAUUCGCUAUCUGAGGAUGAACUGCUUCUGAGAGAGAAAAGUUUGGACUAUAAACACAGAUACUGUGGCCAUUGUAACACAACAACUGACAUCAAAGAGGCCAGCUUCCUUGGCAGUAAUGCACAGUACAUAGUGAGUGGCUCUGAUGAUGGUUCAUUCUUCAUUUGGGAGAAGGACACGCGUGCUCUUGUCCGGGUCCUACAGGGGGAUGAGUCUAUUGUAAACUGUCUGCAGCCGCAUCCAAGCUACUGCUUUCUGGCCACCAGUGGCAUAGAUCCGGUGGUUCGACUUUGGAGCCCCAGGCCUGAGAGCGAAGGUCUAGAUCGACGGGUGGUACAGGAUAUGGAAGGAGCCUGUCAAGCCAACCAGCGGAGAAUGAAUGCUGAUCCCUUGGAGGUGAUGCUGUUGAACAUGGGUUACAGAAUUACAGGACUGAGUGGGGGAAGUUCAGGUUCUGGUGGGGGAGGAUCUGAUGAUGAGGACACCAGCGAGGGACAAGUGCAAUGCAGGCCUAGCUAACCCAGUGAGGAGGGAGGUGCAAGGGGCCAAGGUGGUGGGACAUGUAUAAGGAAUAGAAAAGUGAAACUUGCUUAUGUAAGACAGAUACCUGUUUGGCUCACCAGUUUGAUUAUAAACUCCAUAUAUCUUCUGGCUCUACCUAUGAGUCUUGAUGCAUUGGGUUAAGAAUGGAAUGAGCUCAUCCCCACUAUACAGAACUCCCAUUAUGCCUCUCCUCCGCAAACUCCAUAAUAAAUUUGAUGCCGAGCAUUGCACAUGUUUCUCUCUCCGUUCCGGAGUUAUGUCUAUUGCACAAAAGCGGACACCAUCAUGGAGUUAAAUACAGAGAAGAAAAAUAUGUCCUCCAGUAGGAGGAAUGAGCUGUGCUACCUGGAGAGCUUGUUGAAACCCAAUAGCUCCAAUUCUUCAGACAUAACUUUAUAAUAGUGUUAUAGGAAAUCAGCAGCUGGAUCUCCUAAUUUUUUAGCUUGACAGUGUUGGCCUCUGAAGCUGAACUGCUUGGAAGACUGUAGCACAAAGUCUCUGCAAAAGUAUAGCUAAAAAAAUGUUCUUGUCUCACCAACUGUGAGGCUUGAAGGAUUUUAUAAAUAUAUGAUGGUAGCUGACAUGCUAGACCUGUCCAUAAUUUAAUGGGAUCUACAACAGCAGUGGGUUUACUUGGGAUGGUUCUAGGUUUUCUUCUUUAUGGCUUUGCUUUUAAGCUUGUAUUCUAGACUCAGGUCUAGAAAGGUGGCUUAUAAAAUUAACGUAACACUGAGAGACAAGGUUAUUGAAAAGCCCUUCUCUAGUUUGCAUUCUAAUCUAGAACCAGCUAGAUGGCUCCAUUUGGUUUAAGGAGUAGACGCAGAACACAAAAGUGUGGUGUGGUAUUGUUCUACAUCACAGACUCCUUGUAGGGUUACAGGCCCUGCCAAAACUUGAUGGGAUUUUUGCCAAACUCCCUCAGUUUUUUUCUAAAGCUGCGUUGUAUGUCUGCGGGUGGCUGUUCCAGUUUGUAUUUGAUGUAUAUCUAUGAAUAAAAGUUUCUUUAUUUCUGAUCAGAAUUGAAA